GCUGGAUUCUGGCGUCAUUUCCACUACAGUGAUGGCGGCCCAGGGAGUAGCCGCUGCGGUUGCAGCGGCGACUUCAGGGGUCGCCGGGGAGGGCGAGCCCGGGCCCGGGGAGAAUGCGGCGGUUGAGGGGACCGCUCCGUCCCCGGGUCGGAUCUCUCCGCAGACCCCGGCGCGCGGCGAGCCGGAAGUCACCGUGGAGAUCGGAGAGACUUACCUAUGCAGACGGCCUGACAGCACCUGGCAUUCUGCUGAAGUGAUCCAGUCUCGAGUGAAUGAUCAGGAAGGCCGAGAGGAAUUCUAUGUACACUAUGUGGGCUUUAACCGGCGACUAGACGAAUGGGUAGACAAGAACCGGCUGGCGCUGACCAAGACAGUGAAGGAUGCUGUCCAGAAGAACUCAGAGAAGUACCUGAGUGAGCUCGCUGAGCAGCCUGAGCGCAAGAUCACUCGAAACCAAAAGCGCAAGCAUGAUGAGAUCAACCACGUGCAGAAGACCUAUGCAGAGAUGGACCCCACAACAGCGGCCUUGGAGAAGGAACAUGAGGCUAUCACCAAGGUGAAGUAUGUGGACAAGAUCCACAUUGGGAACUAUGAAAUCGAUGCUUGGUACUUCUCACCAUUUCCUGAAGACUAUGGGAAACAGCCCAAGCUCUGGCUCUGCGAGUACUGCCUCAAGUACAUGAAGUAUGAGAAGAGCUACCGCUUCCACCUGGGCCAGUGUCAGUGGCGGCAACCGCCAGGAAAAGAGAUCUAUCGCAAGAGCAAUAUCUCUGUGUAUGAAGUGGAUGGCAAAGACCACAAGAUUUACUGUCAGAAUCUGUGUUUGCUGGCCAAGCUCUUCCUGGACCACAAGACAUUGUACUUCGACGUGGAGCCCUUCGUCUUUUACAUCUUGACCGAGGUGGACCGGCAGGGGGCCCACAUUGUUGGCUACUUCUCUAAGGAGAAAGAGUCUCCCGAUGGAAACAAUGUGGCCUGCAUCCUGACCCUGCCUCCCUACCAGCGCCGUGGCUACGGGAAGUUCCUCAUUGCUUUCAGUUAUGAGCUAUCCAAGCUAGAGAGCACAGUAGGCUCCCCUGAGAAGCCGCUAUCUGACCUGGGCAAGCUCAGCUACCGCAGUUACUGGUCUUGGGUCCUGCUGGAGAUUCUGCGUGACUUCCGGGGCACACUGUCCAUCAAGGACCUUAGACCCCACAAGGGAACUCUCCCAGCAUCUGCUCCAAUCCCUUUCUGCAGCCAGAUGACCAGCAUCACCCAGAAUGACAUCAUCAGCACACUACAGUCCCUCAACAUGGUCAAGUACUGGAAAGGCCAGCAUGUCAUAUGUGUCACACCCAAGCUGGUGGAGGAACACCUCAAAAGUGCUCAGUAUAAAAAACCACCCAUAACAGUGGACUCUGUGUGCCUCAAGUGGGCACCCCCCAAGCACAAGCAAGUCAAACUUUCCAAGAAGUGAGUGACCUGUGUCCCAGCUGCUGGACCCACACCUCCUUGGCCCCUCGCCUGUAAAUAUGUACAGCCUGGUGUACCAUUUUUUUAAAAAUAAAGUAAGUUCUGCCAGCA